UUUUGCGAGACAACAACCAUUCAUUGUAUCAAAAAAAAAAAACAUUUUUCUUCUAUCUAUAAAUCUGAAUUUAUUUCCUGCUGUUCUCCGAAGACGUGCCACCCUCGCCCUUUCUUUCUUCAAACCAUUAAUGGAUUACUUUUUUUAAUUUUUUUAUAAAAAAUGCAAUCCAAACCGAGAUGGGAUACUCAUAAAAAAUCGGAAGGAAAUCCACAGAAUUCGGUUGCAGAAAUCUCGAUGCUCUGUCUCAUUCCCAUUUAUAGCCGCCGCGCACCGCAGCGAACGCGCCCCGUUCCCCUCCCCGCGCCCGCCGGCAAGCCGUGAAGAGAUGGUCUCGCGCGCCAUUCCAGCCACCCUCCGGCCGACGCCCAGGGUGGGGCUCUCUGCUACCUCGGACCCCGUCGGCCGGUGGCGGCGGAGCAUUGGGCUGGUGGCCACCCGGCCGCGCCCCCUCCCCCCGAUCCUCACCGUGUCUCCGGGCAAAGAGACGACCGAGACCGUCCAGAUGACCUCCGUCGAAGUCUCCAAUGGCUCCGCUUCAGGGAAAAAGAACCUUGUCAUGUCAACUGUUGGGAAUUCGACAAACAUUGUAUGGCAUAAAUGUCCAGUUGGGAAGCUCGGAAGGCAGAAGUUGCUCAAGCAGAAGGGAUGUGUCAUAUGGAUCACAGGUCUCAGUGGUUCAGGCAAAAGCACGCUGGCAUGUGCGCUGAGUCGAGAGUUGUACAGCAGAGGACACCUGGCAUAUGUCCUUGAUGGUGACAAUGUUAGACACGGGCUAAACCGAGAUCUUAGUUUCACAGAAGUAGACCGUGAAGAAAAUAUACGCAGAAUUGGGGAAGUAGCAAAGCUCUUUGCAGAUGCUGGUAUUAUAUGCAUAGCUAGUUUGAUAUCUCCUUACAGAAGAGAUCGUGAUGCUUGCCGUGCUCUACUGCCAGAUUCUACAUUUAUUGAGGUAUUCAUGAAUAUUCCUCUAGAAGUUUGUGAAGCAAGGGAUCCAAAAGGCCUGUACAAACUUGCACGUGCAGGAAAGAUCAAAGGUUUUACUGGGAUAGAUGAUCCAUAUGAGCCACCCUUGGAUUCUGAGAUCGUAAUAGAACCAAAAGUUGGGGAGUGUCCUCCUCCAGCAGCCAUGGCUGAGCAAAUAAUAUCAUACCUCAACGACAAUGGCUUCCUGCAGGAAUAAGUGUGAUUGUUUUGUGUCCACAACUCGUGGACCCAUUCAAAGCUGUUUUUGGCUUCUGCAGUUAUGACCAUGGAAACAACUGCAUAAGUGUAUUCUUUGGCAUUGGAAUUCCACACUUCAAUAAGGCACAAGAAACAGCUACUGUGGGCCUGCUGUUGCCUUGUACCAGUAUGUGCAUUUGUUCAGAUGUAAUUGCAUUCCCCAUUAGCUCGCCAGAUUAGUUUGCAGCUCGCAAACUUCAUAGAUUUUGUGUUUGUAGGCCCUGCCCUGUGUCUUAGUGUAUAGAGUUUCCCCAGUUCAAUUUCUUCAGAAUAUGCUGUAUCGGAAUUGGUAUGUACUAUCAUGUGUGCUAGCAUGCAAGGGUGUGGAAGCAUUGGAUGUUUGUGUUGGAAUGAAGAGGCAAUGAUUUUUGCUUCUUGUCCCCA